UUUAAAAAUUUUCUUUUUUUUUGAAUAAAAUUUUUUUCUUUUCUUUUUGCUGACAAAAUGUUUAAAUUUCAUAAACGUAAUUUAUUGAAAUUAUUUUCACAAUCAGAAAAUCUUCAUAGGAUAUCGAAUUCAAGAUGUUUUACAACGACCAGAUUUCUUUCGAAUGAAAUGAAUGAAAAAAAUCAAUCGACAACAACAACAAGAAAUGAUAUGGAAGAUUUGUUUCUUGAUAAACGUGUUGGUUAUCUACUCAAAGCAUUAACCGGUUAUGAUCCGGUAAAAGUUUUUUCCACUAAAUCCUUAGAUAGUCUUAAUUCACCUAAAUAUCGUCUUAUGACUGAUGAACAAUUAAAAAUGGAAAUCAAACAAGCUGAUCAACGAGCAGAUUCAUUGUUACAAAUGCCACCGGUAAAAUAUCCAACAGAAUAUGAGCCAAGAAUUUUGGAAAAAGAUAUUGCACUUCAAGGUUUUCUUGAUCCAUCAAUCAAAUUAGUUUUUAUGGAUGCUACAGCCGGUUUUACGGACAAUGAAAGAAUGAUUGUUGUACGUGAACCGGAUGGAACAUUGCGUGAAGCAAAUCGUGAAGAAAGACAUCGAACUAAUCAAAUAUUUUAUCCAAUCGAUGAACGUCACAUUGAAUUACCUAAAAUGUUUGAUGAACCACAUCUAACUGAAAUGAUGAAUCGAGCAGCAUAUAAAUUAUUAUUAGAUAAUAUUUGUCUGCAUUUUGAACCAGAAGAUCCAAAAUAUCAAGAUUUAUGUCAUAAAACUUAUGAACAUAUCACAUCAAAUAAUAAUUUUGAUCAUUUAUUAUUCACACGUCAUUAUGGUGGAAUGGUUUUCUAUUUAGCAUUCAAUCGUAAAAUUGAUUCACUUUUAUAUCAUCUAAUCACUGAACAACGAAUCAAUGAUGGACAUAAUCUAUUAAUUUUAUAUUACAUUAUUAAUCCAAGUGAUGAAGUAUCGAAAAUUGUUGAUGAAUUCAAUUCAAUCACACCGCAAGAAUCAUUAGAAUCUGUUGCCGAUAUUAAUCGAAUAGAAUCAUCAAAACCAAUAGAAAUGGAAAAAUUUCUGAAUUUAUUAAAGAUUUACUUGAAAAAUGAUUCCAAUUCGAAUCUAAAAUCACGAUUAGAAUUAUCAUUGCAAAAGCUGUUAUCCGAACAACAACGAGAUGAAGCGAAAAAUUGAUAAUAAUUUUUAAAAAUCUAGAUCAUCAUCCGGAUCUUC